AUGAAUGGCAGAUACAACCAGCUAAGUGAUGCUGAAUCCUCCCAUCACUUGCUGGGCAGCCCAAAUUCUUUUUAUAAGGAUGAAAGGGCACCUGGAAAGGAGUGGACAGUGGGUUAUGGUCCAAAGAAGAAUUGGAUCCACUACUCUGGACCAUUGCUUCCUCCUGGUGGAAACAUCGAUGAAAUGCUUAAAGAGCAUGAUAAACGAAUACAACAUGCUGUUCGCAAAACUCAUCUUGAUAAGACCAAUACCAAAAAGGCCUACGGUGACAAUGGACAAAGAGAAUCACUACUGUACUAUGGGGGAAAUGGCAAGUGA